AUGCAGCCUGUUCCAUCCAACGACGUUCCUCUACCAAAAUCACUACAAAUUGCAGCUGCGCAAUUCUCAGCGGCUCUUCAGGCCGAAGCGGAAUCCGGCCGUGCUGCCUGGCGUGAUCUGUUUGAAAUGAUGCAAAAAGGACCGCAGAAAUCGGAACCAAGAGGGGUUGAUGUGACAGAAUCUAAAUUACUCGACACAGAGCUCUUCCUCAGGGCCUUGAGCGAGGUUCUUCGUGAGUUAAAGUCAUCUAGCGCGGAUAGAAAGGAAGAGAUAAGCAACAGUGCGACAUACGCUGAAAGAUUACGCAAAGCAUUACGGGUUUGUGCUGCUGGUGAUUGGCUGCCGGUGUUAGCCGGGCAUUUGGAUCCCGAAUCGGCACGCAUGCUGGGUCGAUUAAAACAGAAAGCACGGUUGGCUGAAUCCGGACUUUUCGAUUUGGACAAUCAACUGGAGUCGUUGUCGGUCGAGGUGAAGCGGCAGUUAGCUUCAUCGAUUCGCAGUCCGCGCCGAUCAGGUAUAGAUCCGAAAAUGGCGACAACCACGCCAACCCCGACGUCAAAGCUGAUUUCAGUAAUGGAUACCACUACACGUUUGCUACAAACCGAGCGGGGCCGUGUUAAUUACCUCAUGGAAGGAUUCAGGCGACUUCAGCUUUUGAAUGAUACCCCAAUGAAAGAUAUGUCUCAAUCCAUAGACAGUUCAUGCUCUGUUCGUCGCGCACAUCGCUCCCGUGUUAAAGGUACUGUGACCGCGGCCGGUGACCAAGCGAUCAGUCCCGCCCUUCACUCCGUGAUACAACGAGAUCGUGCCCUCUAUCGGCUUUUCGCGAAACAUAAAUUACCCACGGUGCACGCACAGUUCGUUUGCCCACUGAUCGCGGAUGAAACCGAAACAGAUAUCGCUGCCGUCACCGAUAACAAGGAUUUAGAACCUACAAAUUCGCUUGCGGGUUCUGCUGGUGUAACAGAAAUUGUGAAGAACAAUCCACAACAGCAGCAAUUGGAAAAGUUGAUCGGUCUCUCAAGUCACGAGCCUAAGACAGUGACUGCACCAACAACCACGAGCACUGCUACCAUUGGUGCUGUUAAUUCGAGUGUCACGGCAACCACAUCAGGACCAAUACCUGCAUUCUCGUUUUCCACCGCAGCUGCUACCUCCGCCGGGAAGCUGUUUGGCCAAACCGGACCUUCAUUACCACCUCCGGCGGGUUCACUUCUGAGUGGUACCAGCACCAACCUAAAGACGAGCCUUGUAUUCGGAACGGUAAAACCUGUUGAUAGUGAAUCGCGAUCAGUGGUCGAUCCUGCAUUCUCAAUAGCUGUCUCAAGCCCUCCCACUUUGCCUCUGUUUGGUACUGCAAGCAAAACUCAAAGCGCCUCACCCACAUCCACCGGUUCCACUUCUUCAACUGGCGGGCUGUUCCAAUCAGACACCUUGACCGUGAAUUCACCAGCUCCAAGCACGCUUACAACAACUGCCGCUACAAUAACUACGGUUCCCUCUGUAUUCGGUCUGUUCGGUACCCAUACUUCCUCUCCUGCAACGGCUACGCCCAUAUUCGGUUCGUCCGUUGCGGCUACCGCUGCCAAUGCUAGUACCAACACAACCACGUCCACUUCGUCUGUCUCAUUGUUCGGAGCUCCUAGUAAGUACUACAGUGUUUUCUAA